AUGAGGCCGUCGCGACCUCUCGUCCGCCCGGACGCCGUGCUGCGCUCGCUGCGCCAGCCACCGAGAGCCACGCGCUUCCAAUGCCUCAAUGCGACGCAGAACCAUCAGAAGCAGCAGGCGAGGACAUUUGUCCGCCGCGCGAAUUCCUCGCACCGCGCCGUCGAAAAUCUCAACCUCGACCGCAUGCGCACCACCUCGUACGACUACCACGUCCGGCGACGGAACUUCCUCGCGGCCGGUGCUGCUGCUGGAGUCAUUGCCUUCAUCUACACAGCCUAUCUACUGAAGAAGGAGAUCGACAAGCCCAAGAAAUUCGACUCGGGUCUGCCGAGUAACGUGGACCCGUUCCUGACCGAAGCCGGAUCUACCCGCAAGACAGUCGUGCACGAUCAGGAUGGCAGAGAAAUCGUCCCGACAGGCAACAAGACCGUCGAGUGGUUCCCCCGAACCCUGGACUUGAACAUUGGCGCGGGAGAUCGCCAGCAGGUCGUCAACGGCGUGGAAUAUACGCUGGUCGGAGUGGGCACUCGGUCCGUGGGCUUUAUGUUGAUGGGAUUCGAGGUAUACGUCGUGGGAUACUACAUUGCGACGCAGGACAUCGCGGCCAUUCAGCACAAGCUGGUCAAGGAGGUCAACCCCAUCGCCACGACCCUGGUGCCCAGUGAACGGGACGACUUGAAGAAGCGGCUGUUAGACCCUGUAGAGGGCGAGAAGCUAUGGUUGGACAUCCUCUGCAAUGUCAAGCCAAGAAGCGCUUUCCGCAUUGUUCCCGUCCGCAACACCGACUUUCCCCAUCUCCGCGAUGGCUUUGUCAGGGCCAUCACGGCCCGAUCGCAAGAGAACAAGGCCGAAUACAACGACGAGUCCUUCGGGCAGUCAGUGAAGGAAUUCAAGGCGCUCUUCACCCGAGGCAAACUCCCGCAAAAGUCGGAACUCAUCAUGGUUCGUGAUGACAAGGGCAGAUUCAACCUCAUAUUCGAUGACGGCAAGAAGUCCAAGGACUCCAAGGACGAGAAGUCGCUGGCCACUCUUGGCCGGGUCGACGACGAGAGGGUUAGCAGGGCUCUGUGGCUGAACUAUCUUGCUGGGAAGAACGUUGCCAGCGAGCCCGCCAGACAGAAUAUCGUCCAGGGCAUCAUGGAGUUUGUCGAGCGCCCCGUGGGCACUGUGGCUGCACAGGUUGUGUAG